UCUAAUUCUUCAACAGCUGAAAAGGCACGAGACCUCAGGAUUGUUCUUUUUGGGAAAACUGGAGUCGGCAAAAGUGCAUCAGGAAACACCAUUUUAGGGAGAAAAGCUUUUGAGUCUGAACUCUCUCUUUCCUCUGUGACACAGACCUGUGAGAAGGAAACCUGUGAGUUUGCUGGUCUAAAUCUGACUGUUAUUGAUACUCCAGGUCUGUUUCAUACAGAUAAGAGUAAUAAAGAGAUUGAGAAGGAAAUCGCUAGAUGCAUCAGCAUGGUGGCUCCUGGUCCUCAUGUGUUCCUGAUUGUUCUCCAACCGGCCAGAUUCACAGCAGAAGAAAAAGAAACAGUGGAAAUUAUUAAGACAAUGUUUGGAGAAGAAGCUGCCAGAUACACCAUGAUCCUGUUUACUCAUGGAGAUGAGCUGAAAAUGGAAAACUUUAAGAUAGAAAACCUGUUAGAAACAUCCCAACCUCUAAAGCACUUCAUCAGUCAGUGCUCCAUCUUGGAGAAAUUUGAAGAUAAAUAUCAUGUUUUUGACAACACAGUUAAGGAUUCUGCUCAAGUUGGUGGACUGGUGGAAAAGAUCAACAGAAUGGUUCAGAGAAAUGGAGGAAGUUUCUACACCAAUGAAAUGUUCAGAGCGGCAGAAAGAGCCAACCGAGAAGAAAUGGAACGACUGCUCAGAGAAAAUCCAGACAUGAAUCCAAGAGGUUCAAGGAAAGAGGAGACGUGUGUUACACAGUGA